AUGUCUGCAAAGAAAAUAACAUCUCCGCAAACUAAUAAAUGUCAUCCUACCAGCAGGGGCCAUGAUAUUAAAACCAUUUAAAAAUUAGAAUUUUUUACAAGUACAAAUGCCAAAAUAAAUAAGAGCAGUAAGCAUCAGUUAACUUAUGUUACAGAAUAAAUACAAGUGAACUGUUUGACAAAUAAGGUCUCUUUAAAAAAUGGACAAAAUCAUGACAGAGAAAAAAUAAUUAAUUAAUUACUACAGGAGAACCUAAAAUUGAAGGAAUAGAAUGAUCAGAAAAAUAAAUUAAUAGAAAUGUUGAUUGAUGAAAGAACAGAUAUAAAAAGAGUUACAAGUCUUCAUAUUCCUCAUGAAAGAGAUAUUUAACAGUCAAAAACAAAUUUUAGACUAUAAAGUCCAAAUCAUAUGGAAUUUACAUUUUAUAAAAGUCCUAGUAGAGGGUUACCCAAAGAAUUCUAAAUAACUCCUUCUCGGAAAAUGUUUUUUUGAGAAAUAAUAAAUACUGAUAUUUUCAUAAAUGUUUGCUCUAUAAUUAUGCAAAUUCAAUCAAAUAUCAUCAUAAACCAUUAUUUAAAUAUGGUAACAAGAAAUAAAAAUGAAUUUUAAACACUAGUAAAAUCAGUAAUUAAUUAAAUUAGUUAUAAAUAAAAAAAUUGAUUCAUAUUACUAAUGCUUAAUUUUUUAUUAUAUAAUUAAUUAUAAACAAUAGA